AAAUUACCAUAAACAUGGAGGAUAGGGAGGAGGAGCUGCCAAAGAAAAUCAAAASAUAACAGCAAAUAUCUCUUAAACUAUAUAACAAAAUCAAUAUAAAUCAAUAUCCAGAGCUAGUCUAUUUACCCAAGAGYAUUUGAGCAAUGUCUGGGGAUCACACUCCGAGUUUAAGCGACGAAGACGAAGAGGAUGGUUUGGAAGUAUCUUCGCCUAUUCCUUCAAUGCAAGGUUAUUUAUCGAAAUGGACAAACUAUUUACAUGGUUGGCAGGAACGUUGGGUUGUUUUAAAAGACGGCACCUUGUCCUAUUAYAAAUCUGAGUUUGAUACCGCUUUUGGAUGUCGAGGGUCGAUAAGUUUAGCAAAAGCUACAAUUGAGAAUCAUGAAUAUGAUGAAUGCCGAUUUGACGUCAGCGUCAAUGACUGUAUGUACUACUUACGAGCCAAAGACUGUGAUGCAAGACAAACUUGGGUUGAUGCUCUUGAGGCUGUGAAGGCUGCUGAAUCUGGUUAUGGGUCWGAGUCAAGCCUUAGGAAAGGUGGCUCCAUGCUGUCGCUGUCCUCYGUGACAAGUCUGGGAAAGUCAUCAACAUCAUCUUUCAAGAAAACCAAAGGUCUUCGUGAAAAGCUGUUGGAGUUAGAAACCUUCAAAGAUAUAAUUGGAAGGCAAAUAGACACUCUACAAAGUUACUUYGAUGCUUGUGCUGAAGUUACAAAUGGACUCCAACUUAACAGCAUUGAUCUCAACCACCAUGAUGAGAUAUUUGACAGCAGUGAAGGCUUGGAUCAUGAUGCAGAUGAUGAAAUGGAUGAACUUUCCAAAACCCCAACUCCUUCAUCUCUUGCUGAGAGGGUUAAYACCAAAGGCAAGGUGAACAGUACCCUUGAAGCUUUAGCAAGAGGAAUUGACUUCAGAGGAGAAUCAAUCACCUUCAAGGCUACUACAGCYGGUAUYCUUGCUACACUUGCUCACUGUAUUGAUAUCAUGACUAAACGUGAGGACUAUUGGCAUCGGAGGCUAGAGAAGGAAAUAGAAAARCGCAAGAAAGCAGAAGCUUCUGCAAAAGAUGCCGUGGCAAACGCAAGAAAACAGGCAUUCAUUGGAGGACCUGACUUUGAGGAAGGUCCACAUUGUGCUUUGAAUGAAGAAGAAUUCUACGAUGCUAUGGAAAUAGGCUUGGAUAGACAGGAAGAGCAAGAUGAGAUUGAAAGUAAAAGAAGAACAUGUACGAUUGAUAUACCAGAGCCACCGUUAACAAUCAAAGAUCCACCGCAUCGUAUGACAGAAGAGGUUGAAAGCAAAGUGAGGGAAAAUCUUCAAAUAAUUAAAGAAAAUGUSGAUGAGAAUUGGUAUCUGGUGCAUGAAGAUGGGGACAUGAAGGUAUUUAGAAGGGAAUAUGAAGAAGGAGGAAUCAUUCUCGACCCUAUGAAGGCUACCCAUGUAAUUCAGGGAGUCACUGCUAGGGAAAUGGCACAUUACUUUUUUGACAAAGAUGUUAGAAUGGACUUUGACUCAACAAUUGAUUAUUUUGACAUACUGGAGAGACUGACGGACAGCACGUUAAUAUUCCAUCAAGUACUCAAGAGGAUAUGGCCUUCAUCACAGCGUGAUUUCGUCUUCUGCUCGCAUAUUCAAGACAUCUCUCCCGAGGACGAGGGAGAGAGAUUGGAUAAUGAAGUAGGRUAUGCUUGGUUAGUGACUAACUACAGCGUCGACCAUCCUGAUGCACCGAUUAAUAAAUUCGUCCGUGUUACAUGUAAUGUUGCGAUGUUUUGCCAAACCUUAAUUGAACCAAGGGAAGAAGGGCAACCUCUAACACGUGACCACAUAUCAUGUCGGAUAACUUACAGCGCAAACGUGAAUCCGGGUGGCUGGGCACCGCCAUCUGUGGUUCGCGCUCUUUCCAAACGAGAAUACCCAAAGUUUUUACGCAAAGUGACUGCACUAUGCCAGAAUGCAUACAAAGACAAAGAAAUUGCCAUUUAAGUGAACUAUUGAGCAAUGCUGGUUAGGGGAUCUGAUGUAUAAAAAUGAUUUCAACUGUCAUCAAUGAUUCCACAUAAACCUGGUCAUUCKRGAGAUCCUAGUUCAGAAGUUUCGCGAUAACAUUGAAASAUGUGACUSUUUUAUAGGGGAAAGGCCAAAGUAGAGUAGAAACACUGAAAAUAGACAGAACUAUUUCUGGAAUAAUUUGUACACUUUUAAAACAUUUUGCUAUUAAUUUGAAUCAAAAAUGAACCCCCUCAGACMGUCGCAUCUCAAUAGGACGUUAACUUCUAUGAACUGCAGGGAAAAUGAAUUUCGAGAUGAACAAUGAACAAUGUCAAGUCAAAAAUUGCUGGGACAACUACACAGAGCGCCGCAGACGCCUUUUUCAAGAGUUAGCUAAUGCGUGCUAACCUAAAUGUGUAAUUGCAGCACUGCCGUUCUUAGCAAUCAAUAAAAUCAAAAAYAAUCUUAUA